AUGAUCCCUGAUUGGCAGCCACCCCAGAACUACAGGGAACGCCCUGUAGCCAUCCUUGGUGCAGGUGUCUUGGGACGUCGAAUCGCCUGCAUUUGGGCAUCGGCAGGUUACGACGUCCAAGUCCGCGACCCGAGCCCGGAGCAACGCGCCGACUGUGUCGCAUACGUGAAGCAGCAUGUAGUUGCCUAUGCAGAACACACUGGAGCUGCACCUGGCGAAGUCACCACAUCAGAGGAUUUGAAAAAUACCGUCAACAAUGCCUGGCUCGUUAUUGAAGCAGUCCCUGAGAAGAUUCAACUAAAGAUCGACACCUUUGAGCAGCUUGACAAGCUUGCUCCGACAGACUGUAUCUUGGCAUCCAACUCUUCUUCGUACAAAUCCUCGGAGAUGCUGGACAAGGUGUCCGACUCCGCGAAGCCGCGUAUCCUGAACAUGCAUUACUACAUGCCUCCGCAAGUUAUGGUGGUUGAGUUGAUGACAAACGGCUUUACCGAUCCAUCCAUCAUUCAGUUUCUGGUCGAACGCUCCAAGGAAGCGGCUACCAUUCCAUAUGUUGCAAGGAAAGAGUCGACCGGCUUUAUUUUCAACCGCCUGUGGGCUGCGGUCAAGCGAGAGGCUCUAACGAUCCUUGCCGAGGAGGUUUCGACACCUAGCGAGAUUGAUUCGAUAUGGACAGAGAUAUUCGUCAAGAGUGGUACUGUGCCUUGCAAGGCCAUGGAUAACGUCGGCUUAGACACCGUGGCAUUUAUCGAAAAGCACUAUAUCGCCGAGAGAAACCUCCCUAGUGACAAAACGGUCGACUUUCUGCAAAAGAACUAUCUGGGCCAUGGCAAGCUCGGAUCCAAGUGCUCAAAGGGUGGCCUUUAUGAGCCUUCCGAAGUCACUCAACCUAAGGAUUUGGCUCCCAGCCUUCUGGUUCUCGAUCUUGGCUUGUCAUCCCAGGAACCAGGAUUCAAAGCCGGCGAGAUCCUGCAGAUUUCAGCAGAUGGACAUGUGCAGAAAGUUCUCGCCACUGGCCAAGCUCUUCCAGACGGAAUUGUGGUGGACCCCAGCAGCAAGCGGAUCUUUUGGACCAACAUGGGUGUCCCGGGCAAGCAGGACGGGGCUGUGCUGUCGGCCAAUCCGGAUGGAAGUGAUGUCCGGACUGUUGUGCCGCCAGGGGCCAUCAACACACCCAAGCAAUUGGCACUGGAUGCAGAAUCGAAGAAGCUCUACUUCUGUGACCGUGAAGGGCUUCGGGCUGGCGACCCCAACACCCUAGAUGCUGCGGACCUUACGAAAUGGUGCGUCGGAAUUGCUGUUGCUCCAAAGUUCGGCAAAUUCUAUUGGACACAGAAAGGCCCAUCGAAAGGUGGAAAAGGGCGGAUUUUCUGCGCGAAUAUAUCCACCCCCGAAGGGAGGUCGGCAUCUACUCGGGGCGAUGUCCGAUGCAUUUUGAGCGAUCUGCCGGAGCCCAUUGAUCUGGAGGUCGACGAGGAGACUCGCGCCCUUUACUGGACGGAUCGUGGCGAGAUCCCUUUUGGAAACUCAUUGAACCGACUCCGCCUCGAUCACUUCGGGCUACCUCUGCCUCAGAUGUCCCAUUUGGGCUACGAAGUACUCAACAGAAAUCUGAAUGAGGCCAUUGGCUUGAAGUUGGAUCUGCUUCAUAACAAUAUCUACUUGACCGAUCUUGGCGGAAAUCUCUAUCGUUGUGACAGAGAUGGAAAGAACAGGGUCAAGUUGUUGUCGGAUGAAAAUAGGGCAUUGACUGGGCUCGCGUUCGCUUGA